AUUUAAACAAGUAUAUAGUUACAUGGAUUGUACUCAAAAGCCUCUCUCAACAGAACAUUUUAAACAUAUACCCAGGAAUAAAUUGCCCAAGAAUAAAUUGAAGGAAUGAAGCUACCAAUUUUUUACGGAAUAAUAUUCACGAAUGGUGUUUUGACACUUAUACUUUGGUUGUAUUUAAAAAAACAUUUCAGGGCAGAAAAAUCAGAGGCCACAACUGAAGCGUUUACAUGCAGGAGUAUUCACCAAUAUAGAGAUAUGAAACAAUCAACUAAUAGCACCAGGAAUGAGAAGAGGACUUCAACGCCAAAACAGUUCUUCGCUGCUAAACUUGUCAAUGCUCAUUUUGAUGAUUAUACAUUUGUACAAAAUCCAGUGAUAAAGGAUACUGGGAAACAGACUGAAUCAGAAAAUGUGAUUUUAGUUCUUGUUAUGUCUGACUCAAACGUGGUUUCAAAAUCGUUCAGGACUGUCUUACGCGAUGCAAUUGGAAAUGUUAGCAUCGUGAAGAAAUGGAGACUCAAAAUAUUGUUUCUCAUAGGUACAAAUCCUACUGAGAGUAGUAACAUGAUGAGAGUUAAGGAGGAAAGUAGACAGUUUGGAGAUAUCAUACUUGGAGACUUUCCUGAUGAUUAUCUUAGUUUUACAAUAAAGACAGCUAUGGCGUACAGAUGGGUGCUUCAAUAUUACGCCAAGGUCAAGUAUAUAUUACGUAUCACACAAGACGUUAUAAUUAACCCAUAUAACUUGGUCAAUCUGGUUGAAAGUAUUAAAACAAAGAAUCCUGAAAAGGAUUCAAUAAUUAUGGGUCUAGUGAUAACAGGAGCCAAGCCUACCUUUAACCACCCACGUUGGGCAUACAAAUCCACCAUACCUUGGCCCCCUGGUGUUCCGUACCCACCCUACCCAGCAGGACCUGCAGUGCUCAGCAGCAUCGCAGCAACCAUGGCAAUUAACACUGCAAUUUGUGAUACACCUGUCAUAUUUCCAGACGACUGCUACCUUGGAAUAAUUGCUGAGAAAACAGAAAUCAAUCCAAUAGGUCUGGAACAUUUCUUAUGGAGUCAGGGUGAGCUAUUUCUCACAAUUAAUGAAAAAAUACGCAGGCGCAAGGUUGCUAUACAUUGCAGGGGAAGUCCUGAUAUCAUGGCCAAAGCAUGGAAAUAUAUUCAAAAAAUAAACAGGACAAAUAAAAAUUGAUGCAUUGUUACAUACAUAUAUUACAACUUGCAAUAUAUGAUAGUAAAUAAAUUUUUCCCAUAAAGCCUCUGUCACUGGAGAUUUGGAAAGGAUUAACAAUUAGUGGUUUUUAGAAAAUACAAGUUAGUCAUUCUGGACAAAGCAAAUAUAAGUGAAAAGCAGAAAGGAGCUCCUGUACCCUACACGCAGAGUCUAGUAAGUUAUAAACUACCCUCUGCCUAGUAUAGAGCAUAUAACAGUUUAGCAGCCCCCCCCAAAGAUUGGUGCUUGUGACAGCCGGGUAAUAAUUCAUUUCAAAUCUACCACGCUGGCCCUUUUUCAACCAGUCAGUGAAGUGGAAGGAACAUGUGCUUAAUACGUACUCUUUAAUUAUGCGAUGAUGUCACAGGAAAUGACCAUGUAGAAAGUCAUCCAUAUUUCGAUGACAAACUCUGAUUGGCUCGGUGAGAUAGAGAUUUAUUGUAAACUGAAAGAGUCAAGAUAGACGAAGCUCUCUUUCAAGAAGUGAAGUCGAACGAAUGCAAUGGGUAGAGCUAUUGCAAUAUGAC